CCCAGCCAGACUCCAGGAGACCCCCGUGCUAGACUGAGAUCUGCUAGACUGAGAUCUGCCGUCCGUCUCUGGGGUCCGUGUAGCUGUGGCCAUGCGUUUCGCGUGUCUCCUCGUGUUCUGUGUGCACGGAAUUAUUGCGCAGCAGUACGACUCUGAGCACUACAGCCCCUCAGAUAUCCCGUUUUAUUAUGACUACGAAGAUCCCGUGGCGGGGCAGCUUCCCGGCCCCGAUCACUUCCAGGUUCUGCCUCAGCAGAGCCAGACCUCGGACCAGCACCAGCUGAUACCCCAGCAGGGCCAGCAGCAGGUCCUGGAGCCAUACGACUACCAGCCGCAGCAACAGCAGCAGCAACAGCAAGAAAUCAUCCCUGUGCCUACCCAGGACGCUUUGCAGACAGAACCGACAGAACCUGGACCUCUGGACUGUCGGGAGGAGCAGUACCCCUGCACCCGGCUCUACUCCGUGCACAAGCCCUGCAAACAAUGUCUCAAUGAGAUCUGCUUCUACAGCUUGCGGCGCAUGUACGUUAUAAAUAAAGAGAUCUGUGUUCGUACCGUGUGUGCGCAUGAGGAGCUACUGAGAGCUGACAUGUGCCGGGAUAAGUUCUCUCGCUGCGGCGUCAUGGCCACCAGCGGCAUGUGCAACUUUGUGGAAUCUCAAUGCAGCAAGAGCUGCGGAGGCUGCUAGAGAGCGGCCAGAUCGUCGGCAGGAGGACCCGCCCCGUUGAGCGAGGGGCCACUUCUCGUUCCUGGACUCCUCGCUCGCUGUCAGUGUGAUCACCGGAGGGGGCGGGAGGUGCUAGUAUUAUUUUAGCCUUUUGUUUUACUGUAUUGUACUGUACGUGCCAAACAGUCCUGGGCACACGGGCGCAACGCCCUGUAUCUCCACUGUCUUAUUGCCCUACACUAGCCAGCCUGCGCACUGCAUUGCCCGCUGUCCCCUUCCUUCUCUGCCGGGGACUGGUUUUUCCGGCUCCUUUAAUAGGUUGGUGAUCCAGCCACGUCUUGGCCAGUAUCCUACCCUGGUAAAGAUGGGUCGGACCCAGUGUAUGUAAGUGGGGGUAAUACCCCGCACCCAGUAACGUCUGGGCCGAUGGGAUAACGGACACCUACCUUUGUAUGUCACCUCGAUGCUCUCCGUGCGCUCAUAGAAGCCGCAUCCCCGGAACCAUCUGUACUCAAUCCUCGUUUCCCCCGAUGCUGAACACUUGCCCCUGGGCUAUGUACCCCGCUGCCCCCACUGUCUGAUCGCUGGCACCCACACUUGUAAUGAUGUAUGAACUUCACGUACCUUCUCACCUUACCCCGUCGUGCCCAGCCUCGCACUUGGGGUAUUUGGGUAAAAUGAUUUUUGUAAUGUGUUUUGUACAAACGUUAAAUAAAGUGCAGAAUUUUUCUUUUCAGACA